UUUACCACUGUCAAUAAAAAUAUUGUUAAACAUGCAGUGGAUAAUACUUUUAAGUUUAGUGGGUUUCAAUGUGUUUCAAAGAUCUGAAGCUGCAAGCUUUUUAGAUUUGUUCCGUCCACCAAACAGCCAGGACAAAAAUGAAGAAAAGAGUUUGGUCCUACUUCAUGUGCUAUUUCGACAUGGUAAUAGGACAGCUGACAGUAAAGAAGAACUUUACCCAACUGAUCCAUACUACAACAAGACGUACUUCCCAACAGGUUUGGGGCAACUUACAGAAGCAGGUAAAAUGAAAGAAUUCAACAUAGGCAAACAACUUCGAGAAAGAUACAACAAUUUUUUGGGCAACUACGUGUAUCCCCAACUUGUAGAUGCCAGAUCUACAGAUUAUAACAGAACGAAGGCUUCACUACUUUAUUGUCUUGCCGGUUUAUUCCCUCCACGGGGUCAACAAAUUUGGAACAGAAGGUUGGAUUGGCAAGCUGUUCCUUACAAUUACUGGUCCAGAAACAAUGAUAAAGUUUUGCUAGGAGUUAAUUGUCCUAAAUAUAUUGAAGAUUACCGUGCACAAACCUUAUCUCCCAAACAACAAGCCGAGUAUGGAAUGUACAAGGAUACAAUGGCGUACAUUUCAAAAUAUUCCGGAUUGAAUGUUACAACGUUUUUACAAGUUUAUCAAUUGUAUUUCGGCGUUUCCACAGAGAGUGAAUAUGGACUAAAACUCCCAGAAUGGCUAGAAAAAAUCUGGCCGCAAAAUAUUACGGAGAUUGCUAUAAGAGAAUAUGGAGUGGCUACAGCAACAACCACCUUACGACAGAUGGCUUCGGGGUACCUGUUGAAAAAGAUCAUAGAAGAUACAAGAAACAAAAUUGACGAAGACCCAGAUACAGAAUUUAAGAAGAAAAUAUAUUUGUAUUCAGCUCACGAAAGUAAUGUGGCACAUUUCUUAAUUACUCUAGACUUGUUCAAACCUCAUAUACCAAAUUAUGGUGCAUAUGUUAUUUUGGAAGUGCAUAAAAUUGACGAGGUGUAUGGAAUCAAAAUAUAUUAUCAAAAUUAUGUGACGGAUAAACCAAAACUGAUGAAAUUACCCGCUUGUGAUGAAUUUUGUCCUUUAGAUAAGUUUAUACAGCUUUACCAGGAGUAUAUUCCCAGUGAUAGUACAUGUGGCAUUUAAAAUUUAUGUCAAUAAUUAACAUAGAUUCUAAUCUUAUAAUUGUUAUUACUUAAAAUAUAAAAAGACGCAAUUAAAUUA